AUGUUGGAAUUUCACCCCACAUUUCCGCGCCAAGGAGUGCGUGGGGAAAAAGGUUCCCGCGUCCGAAUUGUUGGUCAGUCAGAGAGUAGCUCACUUCUAUUCUCAGUUAAUACAUUAAGCCAUACAAUUGUAGAGCAAGUGAAUACUGAUGGCUCAUCAUUAACAGUUAUAUCAUUUAAAGGGUACAUUGAUAUUGUAUCUGCUGCACUAUCUCAUGAUAAAGAGUUAAUACAGAUAACAGAAAGAAUCCCAGUUGAACAAAGAUUCGUUUUUUCAUCGUAUAUUGUAGAUAUUCAGACCAUGGCCAGAUCAUCACCUAUACAGUCAAAUGAUCCGAUCACUGCCUUCUUUAUACUUCAAAAACAGAACAACGCUUAUCAAUUACUUCAUAUUAUUGGGAAUAACAUAGCUCAUCUUACGAUUACUGUCAACAAAAGCGAAAUUAAAUUCCAAAGGGUACGUGGUGGAGUCAAUAUCUACUCAGUUAUCUGGUGGAAAUUUGAUAUUCGCAACUUAUUACUGUCCGUAGUACAUAGAUAUGAUAAUGCAAUGGUAUUAUCAGAGUUCCAGUUCACUAAAGGACGCGUCAGUACUCUCCCAAUUCUUCCAUUUACAUUACUUGAAGAACAAAAGUUGUCUCCUGACUUUUCCUAUUCGCCAUUGUCACUAUCUCAUCUUCCAUACUACGAAUUUACAGAUAGAAGAGUCUUUUUGUCGCAUUAUAAAUCAAAAAUUCUCUUAAUUCAACAAGUUAUUCCGACAUCACCAGGAAAGAUUGGAUUUUUCAUAUCAGUUUACCCAACAAACUUCAAUGAUUACAUAAUGAUCGAUGCUCCUAAUACAGAAAUACCAAUUGCCUUCUACCAUUGCGGAGAAUGCGCAAUUGUAUUUUCUCCACACUAUUUCUCAUGUUUCAUCAACUUUACAAGGGGCAAACCAUCAACACAUUUGUUUGUCGAACACCCUGAUGACCAAAUAAUGAGCCAGAACUGUCAAACAAUUAAGAAUUCAAAUUUAUUAAUUGAUAUGGACAACGGAAAUAUUUUUGAAGUUGUUCCUGUGAUCGACAGAUUGAUCCUGAACAUGGCAAGCUCAGAAACCAAAAACUUCAAAGAUAUGGCUCUAUUCGCUCAAAGAUCUGGUUCAAAACAAUCGUUGGUGUCACUUUUUGCAAGUUUACAAUUUAAUUGGGACAAAAAGUUAGCUCUUGACACGUUAAGUCACUUUAUAGAGUACUCCAUGCAUUCUAUUAAGCAUGACAAUAUACAAUUCCAGUCAGCUCCGAUGUUUGUUCCUCAUCAUGCUCCGAUACAGACGAUGACGAACAAAGAGAUACUCCAAUCGCUGGAUAUCAAGACAUUUCUUAAGAGUCAAAAAGCAAUUGAUAAGAUAUCCCCAUUACUUAAUGAUAUUGAAUCAAAUUUCCCUUCUGCAGUGAAAAAGCCAACGAGAAGACAGAUUUUCUUUUUGUUGGCACAAUCAACAAUCCAAAGGAAAUCGAAACAGACCGAUGAAGCAGCUCUUAUCGCAAUUAGAAAAAUGGAAAAGCAAAAUGCUAUAGUAACAACGAUCAGAAUUGCUUUCAAUGAAUGGAAAGAGAUGCAUAAGCCAUCUCUUGCUAUUUAUUAUUGUAUAAUUCGUAUAUUACAACACCUUACAAUCGUAAAUUUGUGGCCAUCCAUUGUUGGAAUUGACACUGAGAUCGCUGAACUGUAUAAUAAUGACGAAGUCCAUGAUGCUGCCUUACACAUGGACUUCGUUCUCAAUGAAGGAAAGAAGAAAGUGACAGAUUUACCUGAAGACGCAACAAUAAGUCAGGAACUGAUGUCAAUUGAUGACCAGACAAUUGGAACUUAUGAUUUGUAA